GAAAAACGCCGGAGUUGGAAGUCCGGCGCCGGACCCUGUAAAAGUGCCGGACUGAAGAUCUAGGUAUAUGCCGAUCAGUUAGGGUGGUUUUGGGGGUCGAUUGAUUGGCAUAUAUUGUUAUUUAUUUGGACUUCUGGACUUCUUUCUGGAAAAAAAACACGGCCUCCGCUGUCCAGGAAUUGUUCUUUCUUUCAUGUUGUGACUCUUUGGAAGAAACUUUCCAGAUCUUCGCACCAUGUCUUCGCGGCGGCGCCUGGAGCCAGGAAGGCCGAAACGAACGCUGCACCAGGCUGCUUCUCUGCUUCAUCCCAGCCACCAAGGUAUCAAGGUCAGAGGCAUUGCCUGCCAGGGCGAUGCUGUCGACCGGGACGGCGCGACAGCUGCGGAUGAGGCGGAGUCGGAGUCGUAAUGGAGAUGGACUUCGAGGCUUGGUCCUAGCAAUCGUCCAGACCUCCCACGCAGCUCCAAGAUGGCCUCCGUCUCAGUGUCCUCCAGCUCUGAGCUGCAGCUCCUCGUCUCUCAAAGCGUGAGCUCACCGAGAACAGCUGCGAGCUCGCAUGGCUCGUCGGUGGCCGCAUUCGGAGUUGGGUCGGUGACCGCAACGAUCGAGCGCAAGAUCCUGCCACGCUUUUGGGCAUUCACCUCGCAAAGCAGCUCGCGAAAGGCUAGUGUUUCGACCUGUGGCUGCGGCCAGGGAAACUGAUCGCAAGAAGAGAAGUUCUUUUGCGUCACUAGGAGCACCAGUGCCCUGGUGUUUUCGCCCACGGUCUUCCCACAAGUGGCUUGGGCAACCAUUUCUUGGCCACCACGGAAAAGGGGUGGUCAAUGAACGUCUGUGGUGCAAGUGCAGCUUGCAGCUGGCAACAUGCUUGAUGUGGUCAAUCACAGUGCUCCAAACGACAAAUUAAUGCUCUUUGUUGCCGGAUCCUGUGAGAAAACGAGUGAAGACACUAUGGUUACUCACUACUCUGUAGGUGCCAGGAGGCCCAAGUCAUACCGAGAAGGUGUGAGGAUAGCAGUUGGGACCUGUGGCCACCGGCCUAUUCACCAGCUCAAUUGGACAUCUGUCGGUGAUCCCCCAUCGGGCGGGCGGCCCGGAUCGACCAGGGUCUAACAUCCUCUGCCGCACGGUUCGGCGGGCCCGGACAGAACUGCACAUUGGAAAAUGUUGGGGAAAGAGUUGCACUGGAGAACUUGUAGAGAAGCACAAUUGGCCGUUCGCUUCCGCUCUGAUUCGUUGGACUCGUGGUCCACCACGAGGGUCAAGUAUCUCCAAUAAAUAUGGAUGCAUGCACAGGGGCACCAACAGUUGGCUCCUGGGGAUCAAACCCACAGCUGUGCCUUGAUACCCCUCUGCCAUGACAUCUCUCCUAAAAAUCAGUCAAACUGCUUCACGAGUCAAGCGGCCUCCUGGGAAGUGAGCCUAGGCCUAGUCGCUGAUCCAUGUGGAAAAGCAAAAGGAAUUGGAUGGCAUUGGUGCGCACUUCUGGGCUGUGUCUUCCCAGGAUUUGCCACCAAACCAGUUGAGGAGCACAGCACGAGCAAUCUUCAAAUGGUGCUCAAAAGCGCCCGCAACAUUCCAGCUGCGAGUCGCAAUGGCACCCACCUCAUGCAAGAAUUGACCUAGAGCACUCCUAGAGCCUUUCGGUGACCUCUAUUUUGGACCACCCACCCAAAAUGUUGUCUUUUCCUAUCGAA